UGCGAUCUCAAGCGAUUGGCACGUGGUUUGCGCGGUUUGUCAGAUCCCGCGUGGUGGAAAGGAAAUUGACAGUUUUGAAAAGAAGAAGGAGCUCAUUUCGAAGUUUUACCUAUUUACACGGACUUUCAUCAUGUCAGAAUCACUUAAGAUGAGACGAGUUCGUGAUUUCAAAUUUGCAAGGCCAUGGGAAAAUGACUAUGACUCAGAUUCCAGGAAGGAUGAUGAUGGUCUAAGUGAUGCAAGACGCAGGCGAGGAAAUUUACCCAAAGAAGCUGUCCGCAUCCUGAAAACGUGGCUGUAUGAACACAGAUAUAAUGCUUAUCCUUCUGACCAGGAAAAGGUUUAUCUCUCAUCAGCUACAAAUUUGACUGUUCUGCAAGUGUGCAACUGGUUCAUAAAUGCUCGUCGGAGAAUUUUGCCAGAAAUGAUUAAAAAGGAUGGCCAGGAUCCUCUCCAAUACACCAUCACCCGCAAGCACAAGCAGUCCCUGUUAGACCGAGUCACAUUCACUCCUGGAGGGUAUGGCUCGGAUAACUCCGGGGAUAAAAAGCUGGUGGAGCCGGAUGGCUACAUGUCCGACUGUGAGGCUUCCUCCAGUGACUUUUCCUCCGAGCCAGAAUCGGCCUCGCCUGAUGUCAGCGAAUCACGAACCAGAGGAGACAGCUUCUCUCAGGAAAACCCCUCACCACCCUCGUCCCCCUCCAGCAAUCCACAGAACGCAGACCUUUUCAAGUCGUUUUUCAUGCUGGUUGAUGUGGCUCUGAAUCAGAUUCCUAAAGAAUCGGGCAGCGAGACGACCGACUCCUCCAACUCCUCAGUGUAGUUGUGGGAGUGACUGCCAAUGCAUGUUUAAAUGAUUCACUUCUUGUAUAUGCUCAUUCCAAUUUUCAUAAUUCAUAUGUUUAUAUAUCAAUACAUAUUUACAUUUAUUGUUGAAUCAUGUUAAAAAUGCAGUUUUUUGACCUACAGACUAAAAACAUCAAGAUCUAAUAACUGGUGAAAAGUAAUCAGGUUGUGCAAUAGGCAUAUUAAAUUUUUGCAGGUAAUUAAGCUGUAAACUGAUAAUGUUAGGCCAUUUGUGUUCAUCGAUAGUAAAUCCCAAGCAAUGAGAAGUGAUGUCUUGUAAAUAUGAUACAUAGUAGAUGAUAGACUUUGUGUGGUCUUGUGCCAUGAUAUUGCAAUAGUAUAUUGAAUUGCUUUUCAUUGAAUACGAUUUGUGCUAAAUUCUUUGUGAUUUAAAAAUGUUGCUGAUGGGAUGGAUUUUUGUGAUCGAAAUUCUUUUUAUUAGAUUUUUAACUAUCUCUACUUAUUGGAUCAUGUUUUUGAGUUAUAUGACAGUUAAACUGUGACUUUUCUAUGUACUUGUACUACUAAUUCUGCCAUUUUUCUUUGUGUACUUUUACUAGGUUAUGAUUAUGUAUUUAUGAUUAAACCUGUAAAUGAUCUCCGAAUUUUUAAUUGAUGCAUUUCUGUAAUGUUUGUUCAAGGGAUUGUAUACAUUAAAAUAUAUGUAAAUCUGA